AUGACGACCAAUCUCCCCGCUACCCCGAUUCUUCCCGAAGAGCAGAAGCUCACAACAGAUGGUGCCAACUGGGCGACCUUUAAGGAAGUGAUGAUCAGCAUGGCACGGGGAAGAGGAGUCGAAGGGUACCUGUUUGGGACGGUGGCUGAACCAGCUGGAUUCGUGGCUAACACUGGGAGCCUAGGGUUCUCCCCGUUGAACUCAACGAUGCCAUCGCCUGAUGAAUACUCCCUCCGUGACGGAUGGGUCGCCGCAAUGCUGUUUCAAAAUAUCAAGGACCCUCGAUCACACGAUCUUAAAGGAACAGAUUCGGCGCACCUGAUUUGGACCACGCUCGUUAGCAAGUUCAACAGAAGCACGGAGCUCCUGGUCGGGAUGAAGAUGGAACGUCUCCGUUCGCUAGAGCUCAAGGACCCCCGCUACCUUAUCUCCCACCUUGACGAACUCGUGAAACGACGCGCAGAGGUACACGAUAUCGGGGGAAGUGUCCCAGAUGCGCUGAUGUGCACCAUAAUCCUGUCGUCACUCCCAAAAGAAGAGUUUGGUCCAUUGUUAAUCACACUGCAAGUCCACACGGUCGUUGCACACCUGGUUCAGCACCUUCGCGAGUGGUGGGACCUCGUAUGGAAGAAGCAAGUGGAGGAGAGUGGGACAUCAGCAAGCACCCUUGCCGUAGCCGUGGGAGACUCACCUUGCGAAAACUGCGGUGUCCAAGGACACAAUCAACGUGUUUGUUGGGCGCAAGGGGGAGGGAAAGAAGGCUAG